AGUCCUUUUUUGUUUCCUCUGUUGGAUAUUAUUUUAAACUCACCAUCUAUGGAUUGGUCGAAAGUCGCAAUGGAUUGGUCAAAAGUCGCAACUGAUUGGUCGAAAGUGGCAAUUGAUUGGUUAAAGAUGAUCCCAGUUGAAGGGGCGUCUUGCUGUCUUGUUUCGGCAAUCUUUUGUGCUGAAGUAGUAUUCUUGGAAGGGCAUGCUAAGGAUUUGGAAUCUGCAACUAGGGUUAGUAAGUUGAAGGAUUUGGCUCAAUUAUGCAGUGCUGCAAGCGCAGUGGUUCCUUUGGUGGUGGCGGUUUCUGGAUUGGUUUCAUCAGAUACCCCAAUCAAAUGCGAGUACAGCGGUUUAAAGGGCGUAAUCGUCGAGAAUAAGGAAGAGACUCAUAUCUUGAGACGCAAUUUCCGAGGAGAAUGGAAAAAAGAAUCAAUUCUUCCGUCUUCGGUGUGGAAUGAAGUUCCUUGGUAUCUGGACGAUGGCACUAGCCGUGUACGUGUUGCUGAAGCCCGUUCGGUUGAGGAUUUCACUUUCACUUGUCUGCCAAUGGCAUGUGGAGGGGAAGUGUUUGAGAAGUCAAUACAAACCCCAAUUCAGGAGAAAAUACAAUUAGACACUGGUGCUAAGACUUUAGGAGUCCACAAGAUCGAGCGAGUUCUCCCAAUCGGUACAUGCUUGACGGUUGUUGGUGAGGUGAUUAAGGAUGAAGCAGGAAAUUUUGUUAUUCAGAAACCAUACGGAGGACACCCAUUUUACGUCUCCUAUAGAUCAGUCAGCGAGAUUAUUGAAAAUUUUCGGGAAACGUCGAGGUUUUGCAUGUAUGCCUCUGCGGCUUUCGGUCUAAUUGGGGUGGUUCUCAUUGCUAAGCAUGCAUUCCAGUACAUGGAAUUCAAGAAAAUGCAAAAGAGGGAAGCCGAAUAUAAACGUAGGCUUCUUGAUGCUGCUGCGGCUAAACAAGCUUCAAGAAGAAGGAAUGUUGCAUGAGAGUUGCGUGAUCGAUCUAAUACGACCCCGCAUUUGUUCUAGGACAUAUUUUAAAAUUCAGCUAAUUUUUGUUUUAUAAAUCGACAAUUGUGUGUGGGUGAAUUGCGUUUAUAGUUAAACAAGUUGUUGGGGAUCGCAUCUACUAACAAACAUGAGAAUCAAAUCGGUCGUCUAUUUUAUAAUUACAGUUUUAGUCCUUAUAU